UUGGCACAGCAAUGACGUAAUUCGCGUGCGACUCCCAAUGUGGAUACUCUUGUUGCUCUAUUCGUCAUUGUUUCAGAAGGUUUAAUUCGACAUAAAUAUAUAUAAAUAUACUCAAAUCCUCGCGGCCCUGCUGUGAAAGCCAGCCCAGGCCCAAAACCUGGCUCCCAGCGGACCCUUUAUUCAGGCAGUCAGAGGAAAUGCAGCGUAGAUACCCAGGAUCAGCGGCGUGGGCAUUCACCCUGAUCUGUAGCCCUGGCACCCCGUGGAGCCGCUGACCUGGACUCUCCACGGCAGGACCAUGGUGUGAAGCGCCGGAAUCUGCCGGCCCUGAGCGAGAAACCAGCAGCUCUAGCUUCCCGGCUGCUGGGCGUGAGCUGCUCCUCUCACAUGUGUCAUUCUGUCAAACAGCAGGCUUCCCACAGCGGCACGCUCACAUGUGAGUCCAUGUUCUUCGGUCUCUGCCAAAUGCAGCAAGCGCGGAACUACUGGAGGAAGGCGAAGUGCGUGAACAGGAGAUGGGGGUCCAUGUCGUCUGUUAUAGGGGUGUCCCACCUCUCCAGGCGGGACAAAAGACGUUUGUAUUAUAAGUUACAGUUCUGGCUGUGGAGGAAGUGGAGUGAGAUGAACCGCCUUUGGAUAUUCCGACAGCGGAGGCGUUGCUCGGGGAUGCCCACCGGCUCCUGCUGUCACCUUAAAUGGAAGCACCAGGAAAGUCAAGCUUUCACGUGCCACGUAAAGGACAACGACAGCUCAACAGUAAGAACCUCAGCUGCUGUUUCGCCUCUCCGGCCUGAUGCUGGAGGUUCUGGGGAAGCCUUAAGCUGUCCGAACGGCCUGCCGGAGUGGAGCCAGUCGGACGGCCUCACAGUGGCUCGCUCAGAUUCCUCUGAGUCAACGGUGUCUGCAGGGGCCCUCAGUCAGACCUCCCCAACAGCCACGCCGCCGUCCCAGAGCGCCGAGCCUUCUGUACAGCCUGAAGGCGCCACUCAAACUGUAAAACACUCUCACACCGUACAACCUCUGCAGGGUGCAGACGGCGCUGCAUCUGCAGGCGGAGAAAGGUUUAGGUCGCAGAGAGCACAGACGCCUCAGAUGGAUGCUGCACUACAACAGCGCGACCCUUUAGUUCAGCAAACCGGGAGUGAAAAGACUAAGUCCUGUGUGAAUAAUGCCAACACUGACAGUCUGACCAGGGAGAUCCGAGACUUCCUGGAAGGUUUCUACAGAACAUACGGAAGCUUCGUCCCACUCCAUAUAAGGGACGUGUUGAGACACCUGAAGAGGAAGUUUAACUCUGAUUUCAAUGACAGGAAAAACAUGAUCCUCUCUGAGGUCGACAAAUACCGGACCGCAAUCGUCAAGAAAUCCGUCCCCUCGUUCCAAGUCGUCUACAAGAAGCACGUACUGACACUGGAGGACCUGUUGACGCUGGCUGAUGAGCAGUGGCUUAAUGACCAGGUCAUGAACAUGUACGGAGAGCUGAUCAUGGAGUCGUCUCAUCACGAGGUUCAUUUUCUCAACAGUUUCUUCCACCGGCAGCUCAUGACCAAAGGAUACAGUGGUGUGAGGAGAUGGACGAAGCAGGUGGAUUUAUUUUCUAAGAGUCUUCUUCUGGUGCCCAUCCACCUGGAGGUUCACUGGUGUCUGGUUACAGCUGACAUUUCCACCAAGAAAAUCUGCCUUUACGAUUCUCAAGGACAUUCACUGCAGAAGGUCGCAAGGAACAUCCUGAAGUACUUGAUUUCAGAAGCAAAAGAGAAGAAAAACGCUGCUUUUGAAGAAGGCUGGACGGUCUCUAUAGAAGAGAAUAUCCCACAGCAGACCAACGAGAACGACUGCGGAGUUUUUGUCUUAGAGUACUCUAGAUGUCUGGCUCUGUCAAGACCGUUGCAGUUUUCCCAACAGGACAUCCCAAAGAUACGAAGGAGGAUCUAUAAAGAGCUCUGUGACUGGAAGCUUCAAGAACAGGACUGACGCGCUGCUGGAGGUGACAGUACAUGCAGCCUCUGAUGGAAAUAAGCAGCCUUAAAUGCCUGGUGCUGCCUGGUGCCUCAGUGUGAGUCCAGAGCGCCGGUUUUAAUCUAUCAGGUCUACCGUCACAUCCAUAAUUGUUGUAGGAUGGCCGUAUUUAUGUGAUCGUUAUUUAAUUAGCUGCUUUUAAGUAAAAAGACUGCCUGAGUUACACCAGAAAAGCCUUACUGUCUGUCAUGGCCUUUCUGCGUCUCCUGUUCUGUUUCCUCUACAACUGUUAAUACCUCACAUGCGGCUCUGCCAGCCGCUUGUCACCUGAUUAAACAAACGGAUUUUGGUGAAUCUUUGUCUUUCAGCCAGAAAUGAUUGCAGAGUUUUACAGACUGCUCAGAAAUAUUUCACUUUUAUUUGAGGUUUUCAUCUUAAACAUCGGGUUCUGUAUACACUGCAUGUGGAACAACCUAUAUCACUUUAUAUGAGGUUACAUCGAUAUACGUGAACGUUUUCCUAGCUUCACAUGAGCCCCCGUCCCUGAGUGUAAGGGCACACCGACGAGAAAGCAGCACCCCAGAUACAAGGUGGACAUUUAAGGCACACAAAGAGGUCCCAGGUUUGGUUUCAGAAUGAGAACCAGAACUAAAGAACACAAUAAAACAUG